AUGAGCUUGCUUCUCAACAUCGGCGCGGCCGUCACAAACACGUUUGGGCCACUCAUCCUCAACGGCUUUGGGUACGACAAAUAUAUCACAUCGCUCCUCAACAUGCCGUUUGGAGCAGUUCAAGUUAUUGUUAUUAUGCUGGCGUCGUAUUUUGCCCAAAAACACCGGAGAAAAUCUGCGGUUUUGAUACUCCUGAUACUUCCGGUUAUUACAGGGCUCUCGAUACUAUACUCUCUCCCACCAGAAAGUUCUCAUAGUGUGUUAGUAUUGGCGUACUAUCUGCUUGCUUGUAUCUUUGGCGGAAAUCCACUCAUUGUUACCUGGAUUGUUGGAAACACCGCGGGUACUACCAAACAGUCGAUAAUCACCUCACUAUACAACGCUGGAUCGUCAACUGGCAAUAUCAUUGGGCCAUUAUUGUUCGUCAAGGAAGAUUCACCUCGAUACAGAAAUGGAUUGCGCUCUGUUCUGAUAUCAUUCAUUGCUCUCGCCGUCGUAAUACUAGCUCAAGUUGUGAACUUAGUUGUCCUCAACAAAUUACAUCGGCGAUCACGAGCAGCAGAGGGGAAAAAGGCUAACAUCAAGGAUGUAUCCAUGAAUGAGCAAUACGCAGAGUUCGAUGAUGAAAAUAAUGGCCUGGAGUUUGCGGAGUCCCAGGGCUCUGAAAAUCAGGACGAAAGAACUGGCGAAAUUGACACAGCCGGAAUAAUUUCACGGAGACGACUGGGAGAGAAUGCUUUUCAGGACUUGACUGAUAAGCAGAAUAACGAGUUCAUAUAUAUCUACUAG